CGCGCAGUGCAUUGUGGGUUUUCAAAAUGGAGCCGCAGAAGCAGCUGUCAGUUGCUGUGCUGAGCUGAGGCGCUAGCUUCUCUUACUCAACACGCAGCUCUGCAUGUUCAGCAUGGGGCUUUGGGGUUUGGCGAGAGGGGCGUUCGCGUCCAGCCGCUGCUUCGGCGUUUACACGAGUGGAGCGGCCGCUCCGUGGUGGUGCGUGACGCGGCUCCCCGGUGUGAGGACGUACGGCGACGCCGCGGCCAACGGCAGGGAUGCCCCGCGGCCGUGCGUGUGCUACCGUCUGCCCCACAGGACGCUGGUGCGGAUCCAGGGGCAGGACACGAGCGCGUUCCUCCAGGGGAUCAUAACCAACGACGUGGGGCUGCUGAGGGAGCCCGGUGUCGGAGCCGUGUACGCGCACAUGCUGAAUGUCCAGGGAAGGACGUUGUAUGACAUCCUGUUGUACAGUAUAAAGGAAGAUGACUCUGGGAACAGCAUUUUCCUGGAGUGUGACACAACAAUUAAGGACUCGAUGUUAAAACAUCUGAAGGUGUACAAGGUCCGCAGAAAGGUCACCAUUAACCCCUGCCCAGAGCUCUCUGUGUGGGCAGUGCUCCCCACGUGUAAAAGCAUAGGUCAAGAGAAAUCCAAUACGCCUGAGCUUUCGUCUCCUGAAAAGGCUUUGGUUUGGGAAGCGGAUCCUCGAAUUCAGGAAAUGGGCUGGAGAUUGGUGUCAGACGCACAGGUUGACCCCGUGGAUAUUGUUGCAUCGUGUCAGAAAGGUGACACAGAGGAAUAUCAUAGACAUCGUUAUGAAAUAGGACUUCCAGAGGGAGUGAAGGACCUUCCUCCUGGCGUGGCACUACCACUGGAGUCUAAUCUCGUCUACAUGCAGGGGAUCAGCUUUAGCAAGGGCUGUUACAUUGGCCAGGAGCUCACAGCCAGGACACAUCACACUGGGGUGGUUCGAAAGCGCUUGAUGCCAGUACGCUUGUCAUCUUCAGUCCAGGACCUCAAGGAAGGAGCCUCGCUGCAGACGCAGUCGGGCAAGCCAGCUGGGAAGCACCGAGCCGGGGCAGGAGAACUGGGUCUGAGCCUAAUCCGCAUGGAACACGCCAAAGAGGUGUUAACGCUCAGAUCUGCUGAUGAUCGCACUGUGACACUUGAGACAUCUGUGCCAGACUGGUGGCCUAAAGAUGCAAGUAUCAACUGAAGAGAAGAAUACAUUGCAUCCCCCUAACAUGUGACACAUAUCACAUCUGACACACUUGUCCUUGGUAGAACCCUGAAGUACAGUAUGUUACUCUGUCACACUGCCUAGCACUAGCGUGGCACCAAUCCAGUAGUUUUGUUACAGAUGUUGUUCAGCACUACAGCUAAUUAUACCAAAUGUGAUUUUGAAUAAAUAUGCAAAUGGAAACUCAA